AUGUACGCGCUGCACCGCGAGGCGCUGGAGGCAAAGCGAGAGACGCUCGGCGACCGGCACCAGGACACGCUCCGCUCGAUCAAUAACCUCGGCAAUCUGCUGAUGAACAAGGGCGACCUGGACGGCGCGGAGGCGCUGCUACGCGAGGCGCUGGAGGCGAGGCGAGAGACGCUCGGCGUUCGGCACCCGAGCACGCUCGCCUCGAUCAACAAGACAACAACCUCGGCGCGCUUCUGA